AAUCAGUAGAAGCGAGCUAUGCAUCAAAAUUUUCUGGUGGGUCCUGGUGACAUUGCUUUCAAUUCCACGAAGCCGUCUUGUUCGGCACCGUACCAACAGUCUUGUUCGGCACCAUAGCAACAGCUGUCUUUUGCCAAAGAACGUCGCAACAGCGCGACAGGUCAACGAUGACCACUUCUCCUGCUGCAAAGCUCGGUCUGUUGCGAGAUAAUGAUCCCAACAUGACUGAUUUGGAUGUGUGGCUUAACGGGGACGAAAAUUUUAUGGGGGAUCUUACGGCUGCCCUACACGGCAACAACACCGUCAACAACGCCACUUUUCUGUGUACCUGCCCAUCGACCAUUGAGGAAGGGACUCGACUUGGCGAUGAAAAGAGCAAAAAUCGCCUGAUGGCACUUUUGAAAUCACUGGGGAGUAUUCCAACGAUCCGAAAGUUUUGCAUUACUGGCCCAACGUCUCCACAUUAUUCCUUUCCAAUUCAAGGACUUGCCCAAUUGCUGCAGCACGCAAGGAAAUGUACGCGCUUUUCGGUCGGUCGUAUGAUCACAAAUGGAACCGAAGAAGAGUGGACUCAAUUCGCCGGGAGUCUUCAGAGUCAUGAUAGUCUUGAGGAACUCUAUUUCAACGGCAGUAUUCUGUUUGGUGGGGCGUCCAGCGUUCCGCUCGGACAGGAGAGAUUGCUGGAGGCAGUGGGAUCGAUGAAAGCUUUGAAAAUAGUGACACUGAAUGGUCUCAGUAGUCACGUGGGAAACCCUUCCUCAACUCCCAAGAAUGUGUCCGUAGAAUCCAUGUCAUCGCUAUGCCAAUCAGCAAGCUUAACCAAGCUCUUGAUCUACGACUUCACUUUGACUGAUGAUCACCUGGGAGGCAUUGCGCAAGCGAUACAAGCCAACAAUCAAUGCCAACUCAAAGAGAUACGCCUGUCAUCUUGCCAUGUUGGAAGCCAGGGGAUUUUGGCAUUGGGCAAACUGCUUUCAAUUGGGACCCUCCAGCUCUUGCAUGUAUGGAUCAAAGAGCUGGAAUCGGAUGACAGGGGAGCAACCAAAGCAUCCUGCUUGUUCUUGGCAGAUUCCUUGCAAACGUCUCAGCUAAGAGACUUUCGACUAAUGACAAGCGCACACUAUCAAUCGCGUCUUCUAACUCCCACGCAGGUGGAUCAACAACAUCCAAUUUGCCACCCGCAUAUGCAAGCUGCGUUUUGCCACGCCAUUGGCUGGAACUACCAUUUGGAGACAUUUUCCAUGUUGUGUGGAUUCAGCCAUCACGCCGAGAUUGCAUUCUACCUGAAACUCAACAAGCUAGGCAGACGACGGCUGUUCUGCAGCAGAGAGGAUCCGACGAGUAUCCAAACAAAACGCCAGCAACGACACCGCUCAAAAAGGGCAAGGAGUGAUGUCAUGUAUAAUAGAAGGAUUGACUGGGUGGAGGUCCUCAUUGACUCGCUUCAUGAUCUGAGCUGUCUAUACUACUUUCUCUCCAUGAAUCCGUCACUCUGCCACUCUUCCUAGCUACUGGUAUCGACUUUUAAAAAAUUAAACACUGUUCCUGAAUGAUUGAGGGUAAUUUGGUCUAAAGUAACAACCCAAGGGAAUGAUGCCCUUAGAUCUGGUGUAACGUAACAACCUAAGGGAAUCAUGACGGUAUACUGGAGCGGUUCUAUUCCUCCGAGCCGACGGUCGCCAAAUAGCUGAUCUAAUAUUCUGGAGCAGCCAGCCAUCAACACCAAAACAGGAGCUAGCGACGUAGAUCUCUAAUUACUUAGUUGUCACCACCAAAAUUCUUACUG